AUGGGGUACAAAAAUACGAGAGAGCCAAACCCGCGUGACAGAAUGAGAAGAGAGUGAGAGUCACAGUGAGGACGACGACGACGCCAUGGCUACGAAUAAGAGUACGGAGAAAGAAAAAGGCCCAGAAAAGGUCUCGAACAAAGGGAGAUCAUGCAAAGGAACACUUUAUUAUUCAACCGCUCUCAAAUCCAAAGCUUACAAUCCUAUCUGCCUCGGCGUUCCUCGCACCCUCCCUCAAGUGCCUGACGCAGUAGUUGUAGCAACUGAGAGGGAGGCUUCUAGAGAGGAUCGACAUCUUGCUGAUUUUCGUUAUGCUUGUGCUGGUUACUCUAUGUAUUUGGAUCGAAUUAAAGAAGACCCUUCUCAAAAGAACACAUUAGAAUUGCCCGUUUGUAUUGGCUUGGUGUUUUUGGUUGGCAAAAGAAUCCAUAAAACAUCACCAGCUGCCGCUCCUGUUUCUACCCAUGUUCAUCACAAAGAGGAUGUUCGUGAAGUCCCUCAGACUCAGAGGCACCAACCACCUACUCAAUCUGCCGGAACUGUUUUCUUGAACAAGUUUUCAAGAAAUGCAGAUCUUGUUGCUUCAGGGGUGACUAAGAACGUGUAUAAAGUAGGUAACUACAUAAAAGGAAGUCUCUCAGAUUUUUUGUUCCCAUACAGAGGGAGAUCAAAGUAAGAUGGCUUGUUGAAGAUAUCGGACGAAUGAAUAAAUAUACUGAAGAAGCGGGAUUCGGCUUCAAGUCGACCUGGUUUCUGUGCUUGUUUAUAAUACCUCACUCCACAUUUUGAGCAAUAUAAUGUUAGUGCAACUGCUAGUCAUAGUCGUAGAUGGCGAUUAUUAUUUGUUCUCUAACUGUUUAUUUAGUUGUGGAGGAAUGUGACAAGAGGUUCUGUUAUGUAUGAUACAAUGAAAUCCAAAUUGUGCAAUUUGCUAA